AAUUUAUAGAACUUCUAUUUAUAGAAAAGGAUUAAUAAAUGAAGUAAUUUUCUUUAACUCAUAAAAGAAUAUAAUUCUUUUGAAAAAGAACCUAAAAGUGAUCCUUCAUUUGAACAUCUAGAAAAUUGUUAUAACUAAUAUUACAUUUUUAUUGUAAUUGUGACUCAAUAAAGCUGAUUCAUAUAUAAUUGGUAAAAAUGUUAUCGAUACAGACAUUUAUCUGUGAACAGUAUAUACAAAGAGGUUCUUUUUUAGCAUGUAUUUUAUUGAAAAGAUUAAUAAAUCCGACAGCAAGUAUCAUACAUAUACAAAGAGGAAAAAAGAGUAAAAAUAAUGCCGAGGAUAUAAAUAUAAAUACAUUAUUUCGUCCAGUACCCGUAAAGUCAAAUUCAGAUGAUAUUAAUAUAGGAAGCGAAUUGACUGGUAAUUUAAAUAAAACAGAUUUGUUAAUAGUUUUAAACAAAUUUAUAGAGGCAAGGGAAAUUAAAAGUUUGGCGAUGGAAUGUGGAUUAGAUGAUUAUUUGCAAAAACAAGCAUUUGUAAAAUUUAGGGAAUAUUGUAUUCAGUCGCAAUCAUUACCAGUUGAUCUUCAUAUUACUUUAAGUGACAUUCUUCAACAUGCUGGAAAUGUAACAGAUAUUUAUCCAUAUUUUUUACGUUUUGCUAAAAAAAUGUUUCCACACAUGGAAUGCUUAGAUGAUCUUAAAAAAAUUAGCGAUCUCAGAUCACCUGCUAAUUGGUAUCCAUAUGCAAGAGCAAAAACGCGAAAAAUUAUAUUUCAUGCUGGUCCAACAAAUAGUGGUAAAACUUAUCAUGCUUUAGAAAGAUUCAUCAGAGCAAAAAGUGGAGUAUAUUGUGGACCAUUAAAAUUAUUAGUUUCAGAAGUAUAUAAUAAAUGUAAUGAUAUGGGAACUCCUUGUGAUUUAGUAACUGGAGAAGAGAGAAGAUUUGCUCAUAAUUCAGACAAUCCAGCGGAUCAUAUAUCUUGUUCGGUGGAAAUGAUUAAUUUAAAUAUUCCUUAUGAGGUUGCAGUAAUUGAUGAAAUUCAAUUAAUUAAAGAUCCUGGGAGAGGGUGGGCAUGGACAAGAGCUCUUCUUGGAAUUUCUGCCGAUGAAAUACAUCUUUGUGGUGAAACAGCUGCAAUAGAUUUAGUAAAUGCUAUAUGUCUCACAACGGGUGAAACUCCAGAAAUUCGAAAAUAUAAACGAUUAACUAAAUUAGAAGUAGAAGAUAAAGCGCUACAAACAUUUAAAAAUAUUCAAUCUAGUGACUGUAUAGUUUGCUUCAAUAAAAAUGAUAUAUUCGCUGUAUCUCGUGAACUAGAAGCAGAAGGAAUAGAAACGGCAAUAAUAUAUGGUAGUUUACCACCAGGAACAAAACUUGCACAAGCUGCUAAGUUUAAUGAUCCAAAUAAUUCUUGUAAAGUAUUAAUAGCAACAAAUGCAAUCGGAAUGGGAUUAAAUUUACAUAUUAGAAGAAUUAUAUUUUACUCUUUAAUACAACCAACAGUAAAUGAAAAGGGAGAAAAAGAAAUGGAUACAAUUUCUGUAUCUACAGCUUUGCAAAUAGCAGGCAGGGCAGGACGUUAUGGCACACAAUGGGAAACAGGCUAUGUCACAACUUAUAAAUCACAGGAUCUUCCAACACUGAAAAAUUUACUCAGUCAGCAACCUGAGACAAUCAUUCAAGCUGGUCUUCAUCCAACAUCAGAUCAAAUCGAAUUAUAUGCUUAUCAUUUACCAAACACACCAUUGUCAAAUCUUGUGGAUAUUUUUGUAACUCUAUCUAUAGUUGAUGAUUCUUUAUACUUUAUAUGUAAUACAGAAGAUUUUAAGUUUCUUGCCGAUAUGAUACAACAUGUUCCUUUGCCAUUACGUGCGCGAUACGUAUUCUGUUGUGCACCAAUUAAUAAAAAACUUCCAUUUUCAUGUGCUAUGUUCCUAAAGUUUGCCCGUCAAUAUAGUAAAAAUGAUAAAAUUACCUUUAAUUGGUUAUGCAAACAUAUUGGUUGGCCAUUUUCAACACCUAAAUCUAUACUUGAUCUUGUUCAUCUGGAAGCUGUGUUUGAUGUUAUGGAUUUAUAUCUUUGGUUAAGUUAUCGGUUUAUGGAUUUAUUCCCCGAUGCUACUAUAGUACGAGAUGUCCAGCAAGAAUUAGAUUCACUUAUCCAAAGUGGAGUACUUCAAUUGACACAAUUAUUAAAUAAUUCUGCAACAGAAGGGACAAGCGCAGAAGCAUCUAUUUCAGAAAUGGAUCAAUUUUAUUUACAAACACGGAAAAAUAAUUUUUACAAAGGAAAUAAGGAAACUGAUAAACAUAAACCCUCUCUACCUAUAAGGAAGGGUAAAUUAACAGAAAGAUUAUUGGCAGAAGGUUUGCUAACACCACAAAUGUUACAAGAACUUCAAAAUGAAUGGGCCAAAAAGAAAAAAUAAAGUUAUUUUUUAUACAAAA